UUCUCCAAUUUACAACAUCGCCCCGAUCCUGCAUGGUGCAAUCAUUACACAAACAGCAGAAGAGGGGGGAGUAGAUAUAAAUGUCUUCCCAGGACCAUCGGCUCCUAACCUCCAAGACCUGAGCUGCAGAAGGCAUCAUGAGCGAACUCAGCCGCUCCACGUCCUUCGGGCUCAGGCUGGCGGUGGCGGUCAUGCUGACGUUCAGCAAUCUCUUCCUCCUCAUCGCCAUAUCCACAAAUUACUGGGCCUUAUCGGUGUCUGGGGUGCACGUCGGAAUCUGGAAGAGGUGCUUCGUAAAUAUCUGCGAAUCCCACUCCCUCAUCAUCCACGCCAAGGUCUUCCUCGUCUUCUUCCUCAUAUUAAACAUUCUGACCAACGCCUGCGUAAUUCUGAGCGUCUGGGCCGGAGAGGAGGACAGCAAGAAGCUGAUCGGAAAAACCAGUAUCUUCAAUGCAUUCCUUGGAAUUGGCGGAAUGGUUUCUGCAACCGUUUUCUUUGCGUUGGCUUCAGAUCUGGAAAAAUUGUUGUAUGGCUUCUCAUUAGGCUGGCUGGGCACAGUUCUAGUUGUUAUAUGUGGUAUCAUGAGUUUAGUUCAUGAAUGUCUAGAACCUGACAAAGCCUCCACCUCAUUACAAAACCUCAUUCAAAGAAAUAAUGCGCAACCUGUGCCCUAUCCGGGAACUCAACCUGUGCCCUAUCCGGGAACUCAACCUGUGCCCUAUCCGGGAACUCAACCUGUGCCCUAUCCGGGAACUCAACCUGUGCUCUAUCCGGGAACUCAACCUGUGCCCUAUCCGGGAACUCAACCUGCGCCCUAUCCAGGAACUCAACCUGCGCCCUAUCCGGGAACUCAACCUGCGCCCUAUCCAGGAACUCAACCUGUGCCCUAUCCAGGAAGUCAACCGCCACCCUAUCCAGGAACUUAACCUGCGCCAACCAGCAUCAUAGUCUCUUAAAGGGAAAUACCUGUUCUAGAGCUCCAAAUCCCCUGCAUUGACAUAAAGUUAAAAAGUAUGAUUCUUCUUACCUGCAACUAACACUAGAGGGAGCUAAGCUUAUAGUAUACUGCUGUAUAACCAGUAUGCAGUGAGCUGCUGAGCUCCCUCUAGUGGUGACAGCAGAAAGUCAGAAUUAUGUAAUAAGCAGGGGAUUUGGAGCUCUGUAUCAGAAAAAAGCAGUCCUCUGACCCUUAUGCAUGAGUAUAUAUUUAGUGUCACAGAUAAAUAGUGCAGUAUUUAAUUUAUUUUCUUAUUAUUCCUCUUAAGACUUGAAAAUGUGCAAAAUGUAUGUAAGUUUGUCAAUCUCCAUCUUGUCACUUUGUAGUUUUAUGGUAAUAAAGCAGUUCUUAAUCAGCA